UCGUAGCGUAUCCCCAGAUCGUCCCGACAUUAAAAUGACCCAGCGGGCGGCGGACGGCAUCGAAAUGCUCUCGAGGGUGAUUAGUUUGGAUGAGGUUGUUAAAACAUCAAUCGAAACAUUCCGCAACACGUUCGGUGCCGAACCGGACCUGGCCGCCUGCGCUCCCGGGCGGGUCAAUCUAAUCGGCGAGCAUGUCGACUACAACGAUGGGUUCGUCCUGCCGAUGGCACUGCAGAUGGCCACGGUGAUCGUCGGCCGGCGAAACGGGACCGAGUCGACGUGCGACGUCGUUACCUGCACCGACGGCUGCACCCAGGAAGACGCGAAGCGGGCCCAGUUCGACAGCAGCGCCAUCGCGAAAGGAUCGCCCAAGUAA